ACAGACACAAAUCUUAGCCUUAUAUCUUCCUCUAUAUACAUCUCCCGUGACCACUGUACCUAAAACUCCUCUUUCUCUUUCUUUCUAUUUCUAUAUUUAUACAUAUGACAAACCCUAAAACCCUUCUGAAUUCCUUUAUUUAAAAUUCAGUGCUUCAUCUUCUUCCUUAGCUCAAUUCUUGGCCAAAGGGUAAAUCCAAGCAAAUUCUCUCUUUUUUGAGUUUUGACUUGAUGAUAGAGUGGUUUGUAUAUCCAUUGUCCACUUGUUUUGUUUGGUGAGUUGAAGCCAAGUUUUUUUUUUUUAAAUGUUAGAGGGAACUAGUGCUGAAAAGUGUUUAGCUCAUUGACUAAAAAAAAUGCUUUGGAAAGUUUGGUUUAUAGUGAAAAAAGAGUGUACUUUUUAGGGUUUAAGGGUCUGUUAUUGUACUGUUUUGGUUUAUGUCCUUACAAAAACAUAGUACUUCCUUGGAAAACUUCACCAAAUCAAAUACAUUCUUGCCAAUUGGUACUUUUUCUCUAGCUUCUUCUUUGUUCUUUCCCAAUUUGGAAGUUCACCUGAUUUUUGAGAAUUCAGUCUGAAUUGCUUAAUGGGGUUUUCAAGAAUUCAUCAUUAAAUUCCAAGAAUUGACUUUUGUUUCAAUUCUUGAAUUUCUUCUCUGUUUUUCCCUUGUUUCUCUUUUAGCACAAUGUCUUCUUGGUUAACUGGUGGUGGAAGGGCAGCUUAUAAAUUGGAUUUAGAGAUUAUAAAAUCUCCAUCUAAUUCAUGGACUUCACAAUCAUCUUCACCUUCAUCAACUCUUUCAGACUCCAGCAAUUCUCCUAUUGCAAUUUCAACUAGAAAACCUCGAACCCCUCGAAAAAGGCCUAAUCAAACUUAUAAUGAAGCUGCAGCUCUUCUAUCCACAGCCUAUCCUAAAAUAUUCAACACAAAACACCUCACUAAGCCUUGCAAAUUCACAAAGCCACACUAUCCCUUCUUAUAUGAAUCCUCAGACUUAGUUGUGCCUUAUAAAAUGGUCGAAAAUUCGGGAUUUUUAAUCCAUCCACCAUUGCAAGAAAACCCCAAUUGUCCAAUUGAGCAAAGGUUAAUGAGUUCAUGUGACAAACCAUGCCAAAGUCCAGGGGAAAUUGACUCCAAAGGGAGUAGUUCUUUAGAGGUAUGUGAUGAAUUUCAAGAAGAUUUUGAUGAAGAGUCUAUUUUGGAUGAGGAAAUUGAAGAGGGUGUAAUCGAUAAUAUUAUGGGGAAGCUAAAUGUGGAGAAUGAAUCAAUGAAUGAAUCAAGUUAUGGUUUUCCAAUAGGACUAGGAUUUGAAAAUGGAUACCUCCAUUAUGAUUUUGGCAUGAGAAAUGGAGCGCGACCAUUGAGAAAUGUUGAUGACGGGGAUUGGUGGAAGAAUCCUAGUGUAAAUGUCAUCGACAUUACUCCGAAAUUUAGCAAACCACCUAUACAAAAAAAGAAGAAGAAAGUCGAGAGACUCGUGGAGUUGAGGAGCUCGAAACCACCAUCAACAAAGGACAAAUCGACUCCAAAGAGGACGAACAAGGAUAAUUCGAGUCAAUCAACCAAAGAAGAGGUUGACGUGCCAAAACCAAAAUCCGAGUUGCUCCUAAAAUUGAACUACAACAAUGUUUUGAAUGCGUGGUACGAUAAAGAAUCGCCGUUCUCCGAUGAAAUGCCGGGAUCGAAGGCUGCCGGAAAUGACGUCCAAGCUAGAUUGGCACAAAUAGACUUAUUCUCAGAGAAUGGAUGCAUGCGAGAGGCCGGUGUGUUACGUUACAAAGAAAAACGACGUACACGUUUGUUCAUUAAAAAGAAUUUCACCAAGUUAGAAAGUCAACACUGAUCGAUCAUAAUGAAGGGUAUUUUUGUGAAAAGACCAAAUUCACCAGAGAAUGAGCUAGGAUGAACAAGAACAAGUUUUGUUUGAUACUAGAGUAUGAUCUUUUCUAGCAUUCUUAGGAUCUUUUUACCUUCUUUUUUCUUUGGGUAUUUGCAGUUUUGUUUCUCUAAUUUCAGGUUUUUUCAUUUCAAAUCUUUUGUCUUGUUUUUUUUUUUUUUUUUUGGGUUAAACUUAAAAAUUUUAUUUAACCAAGUAUAUCAAUAUGUACAAGUGACCCAGUGGACUCAUGAGUCAGCUCUCAGUAAUCUCUACAACUAUUCUAAUUGUUCCUCA